AUGCGUUCUAAAGCAACUUUAGAGCUUCGUAGUUCAUUGAAGAACAGUGUGGUUCAGUGUAAUGUAGGAAAUUCCAGUCCUGUUUUUCUUUGUUCUUUGUUUCCUGGGAAGGCUGCGAUAUCCCAAUUGGAUCUGGAGACAGAAGUUGAUUUCUCAGUUAUUGGUUUUUGGAGUAUUCAUCUUUCUGGUUACGAUCUUGGUUGCUGCAGCAGUGAACAUUUUCAUCUAGGCGACGAGAUAUCAACCAAAGAGGCUUGGUUUGCAGAGAUCUCAGUUAAUUUGCUCCCUGGACCUAUUGCGUCUCAGUGGAUUAAUGUUGAGAGGUAUGCUGUGUUGAGUGAAGAGAAGACAGAAGUGAAGUUUGCUUGUAGUCUUGCAACCUAA